UUUCACCCAAAUACUUCGCCUUCUCCUUCUUCUCCCUCCAGAAUCAGUUUUGAGAAUCAUCAAUGCCCCCAUAGUUUUAAGUUUUAUGGCAUGAUCAACCAACAAAGAUGAAAGAUGAUCCUAAAGCUAGAAAUGACUUUAUUCAUCUAAAGAUAAGGAAAAGUUUGAUUCCAGAAGAAGUGAGGUGAGGUGAAUUUUUCAAAAAAAAAUUCAAAAAAGGUGAGGUGAGUUCGUGCUACGGCGAGUCGAAUCGUCGAAGCAGUCAAGUCGAAGUCGAGACCUGCUGCCACUCACGGCGGGUGGCUUUCUCCGCUUCGUUGGAAAGCUUAAAUCGGCUGAAUUGCCUCCAAAAUACUAUAUUUCUUUUCCACAGACAGCAGUGCCCUACUGCCCUGCGCCCCUCACCCGAUUCCGAGUCCCGCGCUGCGCGGCUGCUCCAUCCGGCCUUCCCCUGCCUGCUCGCUGAGUCGGUCUUCUGUAUUUUAGGAUCAGUACUUUCCACAUCAGUGUAUGACUUAUUAGCCAAGGGGAUGGCUGAGCGGCAAGCUAUUGACCAGCCUGUUCUAAAGGAUGAUAUGAUUGCCUGUGUCAUGGCUCUAGAAGUUGCAUUGCUUCCGUGCCUACCUGCCAGAGAACUCCAAGCAAUUGACCGUUCUGCUCAUCCUUAUCACCAGAUUGAUGUUGAGAGGCAUGCUAGAGAUUUUAUGGACGCGGCAAAAAAGCUUCAACUUUUUUUUAUUGGAUUGCAACGUCAGGAUCAACCAAUCAGAGCAAGUUGUCUCCUAAAGGAGAUUGCGACCAUGGAAGAAGAGUUGAAAACGAAAAGGGAGAUAGUAAGUAAGCAUGAGAGACUUAUACAAGAAUGGAGAGAGCAAUUGGGCAACCAAUUGAAUAAACACAUCACUGAGUUGGAAAGGGUUUGAGAAAAUGGGCUGAAUUAUAUGCUUAUGUAGUUAUGUUAAUCGACCCCAAAUACUUUUGAAAUUAAGGCUCAGAUAUCGUUGUUUGGUUUCUACUAUGCAAUCGAGUACCAUGUCAAUAAUUUCCGUAGCACAAUUUGAUUGAUCUGUUAUGGACCGUCCUUAGCUACCAAGCGUUUAUACUUUUCUUUUUAAUGAAUUAGUUAGGGUGUGUUUGAAUCACCUUAAGUGAAAUGGUAGGAACAAAUGCAG